GUAAUCAUCAAUACAACCUGUUUCAAAAUAUUCAAAUUUUAAUUAUUUACUUAAUAGUAAAAUAUUUUAUUGUUUCACUCACAUAUUUUUUAACUCAAUUCUUUAUAUUUAAACAAUACUGCUGUACUUUAAUUUGCCGUUAAUAUGUCCGCUGACGGGAGUACUAACCCCUUCAAGUAUUUUCUGGCUGGUGGUUUCGGUGGUGUGUGCACAGUGUUAGUGGGUCAUCCAUUAGACACUAUUAAAGUUAGAUUACAAACGAUGCCACCAGCUCAGUCAGGUAAAAUACCUAUUUACAAUGGUGCAUGGGAUUGUGCAGUUAAAACUAUUAAGAGAGAAGGUUUUUUUGGUUUAUAUAAAGGUAUGGCAGCUCCAAUAACUGGUGUAGCUCCAAUAUUUGCUAUAAGUUUCUUGGGAUUUGGACUGGGGAAAAAAAUGUUUUCAUCCACUGGAGAUAAAAAAGAAAAUUUAACUCCCUCACGACUAUUUUGUGCUGGAGCAUUUUCUGGUAUUUUUACAGCAAUCAUAAUGGUACCUGGAGAACGCAUUAAAUGUAUUUUACAAGUACAGGAAUUGGGAAACCAAAAAUAUGAUGGCCCAAUCAGUGUUAUUAAAAACUUGUACACUGAAGGUGGAAUAAAAAGUUUAUACAAAGGAACAUGUGCUACAUUACUUAGAGAUAUUCCUGCUUGUGGUGUGUACUUUACUACGUAUGAACUAUUAGUGAGAUAUCAAAAAAAUAAUAACUCGGAAGGACUCAUAAACACAAUAUUUGCUGGAGGUAUGGCCGGUAUACUGAACUGGUUAAUUGCCAUGCCUGCGGAUGUACUCAAGAGUCGUUUACAAAUCGCACCCGAAGGAAUGUACCCGAGAGGCAUUCGAGACGUAUUUGCAAAACUAUACAAAGAAGAAGGACUGAAAGCUUUGUAUGCCGGUGUGACGCCAGUCAUGCUCCGAGCAUUCCCGGCAAAUGCCGCGUGUUUCUUGGGCGUAGAACUAGGGCUAAAGGGUUUAGACUUUAUUUUCCCUCCAAAAAAUAAUAAAUCACUAAAAAUUAACUAACAGAUGUCCCCAAAUGUCUUAUAAUUGAGGCUCAUGAAACAAUUUUAUAAUUAUUGUUUGGUUUUAUAUUUUUUGUUGGGCGGUGAUAAUGUCUAAAAUAUGUUUCGGGUGUUAUGGGUGAUUGUACUCUAUAUAUUUAUACAGGCUGUGCAUAGCAAAAUAGGUAUUAUAUAAAAAAAUUUAUUCUUUUUGUAUAAACUUUAAUGUUAUAUUAAGUUAUACUAUCAAUGAUUUAAUUGUUUUAGUUUAAAAUGUAUUGAAUAUAAUAUAUAAUAUAUUAUGUGUAAAUUAUUUGGUAUGAUUGUAAUUAGGUAAAGACAAUAAUUUUAGCUUAGUUGAUUUCAAAGAAUUGCUAUUUACUGUGUUUUUCUUUGUAGGCAUACAGCUAUAUUUUUGAAUUAAACUAUUGAUUUUAUUGUGCUUACCUAUGUAUAUAAUGACAAUACAGGUAUAAAUAAUA